AUGAAGAAGAGAAUGAACGUGAUGAAUGUUUUAAUCCGUAGUCGUAUUGGUGGUGCUGGUGGUGGUGAUGGUUUUAAAAGGAGUUUUUUGAAGCAUUCAAUGAGGAAAUUAUUACUCAUCAACAAUUGCAAUAAUAAUAAUUACUUGAAUAAUAUUGUUGGAUUGUCUUCAUCAUCGGACUUUAAUUAUUCAACUCUGAAUGGUAAAAUAUUAAAUUCCUCCAUUUCAAUGGCUGCUAGUAGUAGUAUUGGUGGUGGUGAUGUGAUGGAAAAUCAAGACCAUACUGAUAAUAAUUUUGCAAUUUUGGAAAUGGAAAAUAAUUUAAUGGAAAGAAUUGAAAAUAUUUUGGAAAUUAUUCAAAGAUAUAAUUUGAACAGGGAGAAUGAGAAUUGUUUGAGGGCUAUUGAUGAUUUUUUCCUUUUGAGUAAGGAUGAGUUGGAAGUGAGUCCAAUGAUUACUAGAGAGCUCAUGUUGGAUGUGAUGAAUUGUAAGGUUGAUUGUUUGUUGAGGAUGGAUCAAAGCCAAGAAGCUCUUGAAUCGUUGAAUUGGAUGUUGGAUAUUGACCCAAAUAAUAAUAGAGCACUGAGUUUGAGAGCUCAGAUUUACUAUCAGAGACAAAUGUAUGGCAAUGCAAUUGGUGAUUAUUCGAAAUUAAUCAUGACUGAGGGAGAUAGAGUCUUGUUGGGAGAGUUUCACUUUUAUAGAGGAGUUUCAUUUUACAUGACUGGGGAUUAUAGAAGUGCUCUCGAAGACUUUUCAUACUCUAUUAAUUUCAAUGCCUCAAAUAUGGAUGCAUUUCACAAUUUCAAAUUUACCAUUGACAAGUUGCAAGAGUUGACUGGCGAUUGUACAAAUAUUCCAUAUGGAGAUGGUAAAUUAUUUAUGGAUAGAUUCAAAUUGUAUCAAUCCAUUACUGAGGAGGAUGAAAAUCCAAGAAUUAUGGUAGUUGGAGGAGUUGACAGGGGAAAAUCCACAAUAACCAAUUACUUUUUGCAUUUUGCUCUGAGUGAAAAUCAGAGAUUGUGUUUCUAUUCCGAUAUGGAUAUGGGACAAAAUAAUAUGACACUACCAGGAAGUGUAGCUUUCACAUACAGUUCCAAUAACUUUAUCUUCUCCGAGUUGCAAGGAAAAUUAUCCACCAAGUGCAAUACUAUCAAUUCCAAACUGAAAGAACUCGUCCACAACUCACCAAACAAGUAUAUUUACAACUUUGGAGAUACAACUGGUACAACUAUUGCAGAUCAUUUGAGAAUUUUCAAGAAUAUUUUCAAAAAUUACAAAAACAUUAAUACUAAAAUUAAUACUGGUGGAAAGAAGACAUUUUGGAUGAUUAAUACACCUGGAAGAGUUGACCAUACAGGGCUAAUCACACUAAGUGCCAUGGUGGAGCAAUUCAAAAUUACACAUCUUUUGUGUUUGGAUGAAAAAUUGAUAGCUCCAUUAGAAAACACUCUCCGAAAGAAGACCUGUAAAGUAAUUAAUGUCGAACCAAGCCAAUUCGUCACUCAUAAAUCCAGACCGAAACGGAGAAGAAACAGAACCCAAUCAGUGAAUGAAUAUUUUGGACCGAAUCCAAUUAUUGUUACUCGUUCACUCGAUGAUGUCAAACUCUACCAAUUCGAUGAAAGAACUCAACAAUUCAAUUCGAUAGACUCUGUCAAGGAACACAUGAUUGUAACUCUUUCCAAAUCCAUCUGCUCAGUACAUUCUCUUCGAGAACAGCUCAGAGAUCAGGUCAACCACUUUGUGGCCAUCAAUGACAUUCAAAUAGACUCGAAUCAAAUCCAACUAGCCCUUCCAUCCCACCUCAAUGAAAAUUACUUUAAAAAGAUGAAAACCAUGCACCUCCUCGUUGGUAAAAUCUUCCUCACCAACACACCCUAAUUACAUAAAAAAUUCAUCCAUUUUCAAAAAUUCACAGUUUACAAUCCAAUAAUGUAAUGAAAUAUGAAAUGAAUGCAUUGAUUUUUU